AUGGAUCUAGUGCAGAGAAAAUGCCUUCUGUCUGUGCCUGUAUUAUGUGCUGUUCUGACUGUGGUGGCCCCACAAGGACCCAGAAACCAGGACUGGCUGGGCGUCUCAAGGCACUUCAGAACUAAAUCCUGGAACAACCAUCUGUACCCAGAGUGGACGGAAACUCAAGGGCCUGACUGCUGGAGAGGUGGCCCAGUUUCCCUGAAGGUCAGCAAUGACGGGCCUACACUGGUGGGGGCGAAUGCCUCCUUCUCUAUUGCCCUGCUCUUCCCUGAGACUCAAAAGGUUUUGGAUGAUGGGCAGGUCCUCUGGGCCAACGACUUCAUCAUCAAUGGGAGCCAAGUUUGGGGGGGCCAGCCAGUGUAUCCUCAGGACUUGGAUGAUGCCUGUACCUUCCCUGAUGGGGGGCCUUGCCCAUCUGGCCCUCAAUCUCAGAAGAGACACUUCGUUUACGUCUGGAAGACCUGGGGCCAAUACUGGCAAGUUCUGGGAGGCCCAGUGUCAGGACUGAGCAUUGGGACGGGAGCACACACAAUGCUGGGCACACAUACCAUGGAAGUGACCGUCUACCACCGUCGGGGACGCCAGAGCUACGUGCCCCUUGCUCAUGCCAGCUCAGCCUUCACCAUUACAGAUCAGGUCCCCUUCUCUGUGAGUGUGUCCCAGCUACAGGCCUUGGAUGGAGAGAACAAGCACUUCCUGAGAAAUCAACCCCUGACCUUUGCCCUCCAGCUCCAUGACCCCAGUGGCUAUUUGACUGAGGCUGACCUCUCCUACACUUGGGACUUUGGAGAUGACACUGGAACUCUUAUCUCCCGGGCACUUGUGGUCACUCAUACUUAUCUGAAUUCUGGCCCAGUCACUGCCCGGGUGGUGCUACAGGCUGCCAUUCCUCUCACCUCAUGUGGUUCCUCCCCUGUGCCAGCUACCACAGAUGAGUAUGUGCCAACUUCUGAGGCCCCUGGCACCACAGCUGGGGAAGGGCCUACUGCAGGAGUUGUCAGUACUGAACCUGUUCAGGGAUCAACUACAGAGCCUUUGGGGACCACAGCAGCACAGGUGCCAACUGCAGAGAUCACUGGCACUACACCUAAGCAGGUGUUAACCUCAGAGGUCAUUGGUACCACACCUGCAGCAAGGCUGACUACCGAUGCCAGAGGUUUAACUUCUGAAGUGCCAACCACAGAGCCUUCUGGAGCUACAGGUGCACAAGUAACAACAGAGCUGGGAGAGACCACAGCUGGAGAGGUGCCCAGUCCCCAAACUGAGGUUCCAACUAUGCUUCCAGAAGGGGUCACAGGCUCCCAGAGCCCCCUGCUGGAUGACACAGUCGCUUUAAUCUUGGCUAAGCGACAGGUUGCCCUGGAUUGUGUUUUGUACAGAUAUGGCUCCUUUUCCAUCGCCCUGGAUAUUGUCCAGGGCAUUGAAAAUGCUGAGAUCCUGCAAGCUAUGCCUUCAAGUAAUGGAGAUACAUUUGAGCUGACUGUGUCCUGCCAAGGCGGGUUGCCCCAGGAAGCCUGCAUGGAAAUCUCAUCACCAGGGUGCCAGCCACCUGCUCAAAGUUUCUGUCAGCCUGUGCCACCCAGUCCAGCCUGCCAGCUGGUUCUAUACCCAGCACUGACAGGUGGCUCAGGGACCUACUGCCUCAACGUGUCCUUGGCUGAUGCCAACAGCCUAGCGAUGGUCAGCACUCAGCUUGUCAUGCCUGGGCAAGAAGCAGGCUCUGGACAGGUCCCUCUGUUCCUGGGCAUUGUGUUGGUGUUGACAGCUAUGGUGCUUGCAUCUGUAACCUACAGGCAGAAGCUCAGGAAGCGGGACUCAGCUCCCGCCCUUCCCCGGCUGCCACGCCGCACUGCCCACUGGCUGCGGAUGCCUCAAUUCUUCCGUUCUUACCCUACUGGUGAGAACAGCCCUCUCCUCCAUGGGCAGCAGGUCUGA